UAAACAUUGAUAUAUCCUUUUCAACCUCACUAGUAUUUUUUUUUUCUCUUUCCAUCAACCAUGUACUUUUCAUUUCAACUCGGGGUAAGCCCGUCAUAGAAGGACCCUUUGCCAUGUGCACUGGUUUAAUCUCUUCUUGGUGAGAACAUGUUGAAAACUUAUUCACGUAGCUAUGAUAACGUUUGAUUAAUGACCUUAAUAUAGAAUUUUAAAUGUGCUACAAUAUUAUUUGAAAUUUAAUAAAAAAAUUUAUUUGGCUUGUCAUUCUUUCUUUGUUUCUUUUUUUCUUCAUAUUUGUCUUUGAAGUUCAUUGAAGUCUCUCAUCAGUCUGAUUCUGAUAUCACACGGCAAGCCAAUAAAGUCAGCGAAAAGCACACCUACCAAGCUAACUGGUCACAAAAGCAUUGGUUUUCUAUUUGAGUCGUAACACCCGACUUUUUCUUUUCCUCUUUAUCAUUCAACGCGCUUUUUCUUUUCUUUGUUGCGUAAAAUAUUUGAAGUUUUGUUGUGAGACUUGCUUCAAUCACAGCUGUAUUCUCAAUUUUGCAAUUAAGCAAAUUUAGCUUUAUUAUUCAGUUGUGGUUGAUAUAAAUGAACUUUUUCUACUGCAAUUAAGUCAGGACUCAUAUCUCAGACUUGGUGUCUCUACUGCUCUGUAAUGGCUGCUGCUGCUGCUUCUUCUUCGCCUUCUCAGGGGCGCUAUGAUGUGUUCCUGAGCUUUAGAGGGGAAGACACCCGCAAUAACUUCACUGCCCAUCUCUGUGAGGAGUUGCACACCAAAGGAAUCAACACUUUCAUAGACGAGGAGAAGCUCGAGAGAGGGCAAGCCGUAUCUGCUGCACUUGUUUCUGCUAUUGAAAACUCCAUGUUUUCUAUCAUUGUUUUAUCAGAAAAUUAUGCAUCUUCUAGAUGGUGUUUAGAGGAGCUGGUGAAGAUAAUACAGUGCAUGAAAAACAGCGGACACAGGGUUCUCCCAAUUUUCUACAACGUCGAUCCCUCGGAUGUGAGAAAUCACAUGGGAAAAUUUGGAGAAGCCUUGGCUAAACAUGAAGAGAAUUCCAAGGAGGGUAUGGAGAGGGUGCAGAUUUGGAAGGAUGCUCUCACUCAAGUCACCAAUUUCUCUGGUUGGGAUUCAAGGAAUAAGUAAUUAUUUAAAGCUUUUUUUCACUCUUACUUUAUUUUUUAUUUUUAAUAUUGCCAUUUUAAAUGCUCUUUCUAA